CGGACCAUGAACGUGCUCUUUUGUACCCGUGCUGUGUGUAGACGUCUGGGCUACAUGGGCCGCUCUACCUCCUGGGUUUGGGCAUCCAGAUGCAGGCAGCUGCAUGUCGGGGAGCGGGCCUCACUGACACGCACCUUCAGUGCCAGAGAUGUAGCUGCAUUCGCUGAGCUGACGGGCGACUGGAACCCUAUCCACCUGAGUGCGGAUUACGCCAAGACGACCACGUUUGAGAGUCCCAUCGUCCAUGGCGUGCUCAUCAACGGCCUCAUCUCGGCUGUCCUGGGCACCAAAAUGCCCGGCAGUGGCUGCGUGUUCCUGUACCAGGAGAUCCGCUUCCCGGCACCUCUCUACGUUGGUGAGGAGGUUGUGGCCGAGGCUGAGGUCAAGAAAGUCAAACUGUCCUUUGCUCUCAUCGGUGUUUCUUGCUCCGUGAAAGACAAGGUAGUCAUGGAAGGGGAGGUCAUGGUAAUGGUGCCGCAGGCCGAUCGAAACACGUGAGCAGCGUGACCCCAUCUCAGCAGCUCUUCUGUGAAUCUGGGCCAACAGGCUCUCCGUACCCAGAGCUGCUCCUCCUUGACUUAGUUUUGUGAAACUUUGCUGAAAUCAAACAAUGUGCAUAAAUGCUGUGGUUGUUGGUGUGACCGGCGCCACAGCUGGGAAUCCUGGACUUCUUCCACGCUGAGCUCCAGCCGUGACCACAGUAUGUCCACCAAGGGCUGCUCUUUACACUUGUGUGAUGGAGAGAACACGCCCUGCCAGCUACUGCGUAUGCAAUGGAGAGAGAGGGGGACUUACAUUGGACACUAGAAACAGGUGCCAUGAAGUCCACAGUUAACACAGUGCAUGUGAGCCCAGUCCAUGAGAUGUGCUACAGUCUAAGUCCUGUGACCUGUAACCAACAAUAAAGUCUUUUUCUUUUCCCCUUGAUCCACAAGGACUUUUGACUCACCUUUGUUUGAAAAUGAGGACAUGAAAUAAUAGCUAGGCUUGAAUGGGUUAUAAAAGCAUAUGUGACAUUUGAAUAAUGACCUCAGUCAACCUGCAUGGCCCACACGUUACAUACAAACAGCCUCAAUUCUCUGCGACAAAGUUAACCUGUUGUACAACCUGCAAGUGAAGAACUAUGGUGAACUGUGGUACAGCUGAAUAGAGAGUGGUGUUAAAGGUGGUGCAGUUUGGUACAGGGAGGUAUAGGGUGCUAUACACACACACACACAUUUUCAGAACCGCUUGUCCCAUACGGGGUCACGGGG